CAGUCCCGUGGUGAGAAGAAGGCUCGCAAGGCAAUCCUCGGUCUUGGCUUGAAGCAAGUUCCCGGCAUUACGCGCGUCACCUUCACCCGUGCCCGUGGUAUUGUGUUUGCCAUUGGUCGCCCUGAGGUGUUCAAGAGCAACAACUCUGACACCUACAUUGUCUUUGGUGAAGUCCAGGUCGAAGACAUGCGCGCUCGUGCUCAACAAGCCGCUGCCCAGCAGCUUGCUGCCGAAGAAGCCGCCAAGGCCGAUGAUACCGAGGCCAACGCUCCCUCGACCGUCGCUGCCGAAUCCACUGCUGCUGUCGUCGAAGAGGAUGAUGAUGAAGAGGUCGAUGCCACUGGCAUUGAGGAUAAGGAUAUCGAGUUGGUUGUCAGCCAAGCCAAUGUCUCGCGCAACAAGGCCAUCAAGGCUUUGAAGAACAACAACAGCGAUAUUGUUAACGCUAUCAUG